AUGAAUAGUAUGGACUCUCCUUUACCAGUGUCAAUGGCCGACAUCUAUCAGUUUCGUUCCGAUAUGGACUACCGUCAAGAGACCCAGGAGGCUCGGCAGCCUGAUGGUCUCUACUCCUACAACCCAGAGUUCAUAGACUCUAUCCAAUACGAACUUCUUCCAGAGCUGGUCUCUGAGGCUCGGGUUCCGCUUCCUGAGUUCAAGGUCGAUCACCAGGACUCGCACCUGUCUAUGGAGUCACCUCUAUCGUCUUCAUCCAUAUCGUCGUCCAUGUUUGAGGUUCCCAAUUUUACGGGAUUUUCAUUCCCGCCCCUGGACGAGUACAAGUUUACUGAGGCCAGCGAGCCACAAAGCAGACCAGAAACUCAGAACGUUUUCUACAGCCAGACCGAGUUCGACAACGUGGAAACGAUCAACACUGUGGAGUUGACAAAGCCAUUUGAUACACAAAAAUACAGCACCACUUCUCCUGUUCUCAAGUCCCAGAAAGACGAAGAUGCGUUUGAAUCAAGCGACUCACAACUACAGUCGCCUAGGAACCUUUCGCUGGACUUUGAUGACCGCAAGAAGGAUAAUAAAUACAAGAAAAUCAGCGACUCAAGACUGUCACUUUCCCAGCUAUCCCACGUUUUGCAAUUACCAAACGACAUCCAGGAGACCGCCAAGCGGGAGAAGCAGAUCUUGACCAUUUUCAAAAAGGACCUGAACUUCCCGCUGGGAGAGAAGACCUGGAUUAGAGACACUCCUUCUGAGGAGAGGAACAUUCUCAUUGACAAGCUGUGGAAGCUUGUGGAAAUGAAACACCAGUAUGGUUAUUCCAAAGAGACAUUGGCUAUUGUGAUCAGAAGAGCCAGUUAUUAUCUCAUGCAGGGCAGAUUGAGACGGGAACGGAGACUGGAAAAGAAGAAGAACGGGGACAUUCCAUGGAAACGGAAGUCCAAGAGCUACUAG